UUAAGAUGAGUUUCGUUGCUGUUAGCUUGUGCCGCCAUAGUCGUCCUCUUCUCAGUCACCUCUCUGGCUCUGUAGUUGGGCUUCGUUCAUUUCAUUCCGCCGUACCGUUUGCUGCUAAAAAAGUAAUAGAAAUGGGUCUCCCAAAAGUGUUUUUCGAUAUGGAAGUUGAUGGGCAGCCUGCUGGCAGAAUUGUUAUGGAGCUGCGUAGUGAUGUGGUUCCUCGUACUGCUGAAAACUUCAGGGCUCUCUGCACUGGUGAAAAAGGAUUUGGAUUCAAGAGUUCCACUUUCCACCGAGUCAUUCCCAAUUUCAUGUGUCAGGGUGGUGAUUUUACCCGGCACAAUGGAACUGGCGGAAAAUCUAUCUAUGGCAACAAGUUCGAAGAUGAAAACUUCCAACUGAAGCACACUGGCCCAGGCAUUCUCUCCAUGGCAAAUGCUGGUCCAAACACAAAUGGCAGCCAGUUUUUCAUUACAACUGUCAAAACUAGCUGGCUCGAUAACAGACAUGUCGUAUUUGGGGCUGUUGUGGAAGGCAUGGAUGUUGUGAAAAAGUUGGAGUCAUACGGAUCUCAGAGUGGCAAAACUUCAAAGAAUAUCACUGUGGCUGACUCUGGACAACUAUGUUGAAAAUACAUUCUUCAAUUAUUUGCAUUUACCUAUAGAUAAUUAUGGAAUUACAUUUAUAAUAGUUACAUACCUUUGCUGCUCACCGAAUCUUGUAUUAAAUGUUCAUUUAAAGAUUCCAUUCCAUUUUUAUUUUAAAUUUAUAGUGAGGAACCAAAAAUUAUUAUAAUUGUGCAUUUGUACCUUUAUAUUUUAAUUAUAGAAUAAUUCACUUUUCUUCAUUUUCUUUUAAUAAUGGUUGUAUGAUUUCUUGUUUUUAAUUUUUAUAAACAGCUUUGUUUUGUAUGGAAUGUGGCUUAAUAAAUUUAUUGCGGUCUACAAAUUAUCUCAAAGAUAAAAGUUAGAAGAAACUAAGCGUUAGACUACUUUGAAAAAGAAUUUUCACCAUUUUACUUUAUUUACAUGGAACUACUAACGAUUGUAUUCUUCAAUAAAUUAAUUUAUCCAAAUACUGGUAAUAGUUCUUUUUAUCCCUGAAACUUGCUUAUCUAACAUUUGCUAUUAUUCUGCUACCAAUUAAAGUAUUUAAUUUACUUUUUCACUUAUGAUGAAUCCUUCCUAGAUUUUGUUGGCUCUUCUCAGGUUGGAGAUCAUUAUUAAAAUAAUUGCUUCAACAAUCAUGGAAUAAAGAGUCUUAUGUUGAUUUAACAUAAAAUGUGACUGUGAGAUUAGAAAACAAGUUUGAUCAUUGGCCCUUUCGACCUUGUUUUUGCAUUGUACCACUUAUUGGCAUUUGUUACUAUUUUUAAGACACUUUAAAUUGUUAAUAGUUGUUUCAAAUUAUAUGCGAUGAGUUUAGAGAAAAACUACUGCCAAGUUUUCUCAUAUUUAUUGCGUAGACAUUAGCACUUCAUAGUAAAACAUCUGUUCUAGCAUUUAUUUUUCUUUACUUAUAAUUUUGAUAAUGAAAAACAUAAGUGUUGUAUACUUAAAAAAUAUAUAUGAAUAAAUGGUAAUCUGUUUUA